ACGGUCGGUCGGGGUUCGUCCAGGACGGAACACAGAGCACAAGGUGAGCCGUUCCCACGGCUGUGUGUUCGCCUCCCACGAUGGCAAAAAUCAUUCUGCGGCACCUCAUAGAGACUCCCGUGCGCUACCAGGAGGAGUUUGAAGGUCGAGGGCUGGAAGACUGCAGGCUGGACCACGCCUUAUACGCACUGCCAGGGCCCACCAUCGUGGACCUGAGCAAAGCCAGGGGGGCCCGGGCUCCUGCGGUGGACUCGGACGCCGAGAGGCCGGCCUGCAGGGGCAAAGCCCGCUUCCAGAUCUUGCUGGACGUGGUCCAGUUCCUCCCGGAAGACGUCAUCAUCCAGACCUUCGAAGGCUGGCUGCUGAUCAAGGCGCAGCACGCCACCAGGAUGGACGAGCACGGGUUCGUCAGCAGGAGCUUCACCCGGCAGUAUAAGCUGCCAGAGGGCGUUGAAACCAAAGAUUUGUCGGCCUGCUUCUGUCACGACGGGAUUCUAGUGGUGGAAGUCAAGGAGCCCGGCGGGGCGCAGUAAGGUGUGACCGCGGGGUGCAGUAAGAUGUGACCGCGGGGGGGUGCAGUAAGAGGUGACCGGCUGCCGUGAAGACAGCAUGCAGCCCCGUGGCCCCCUGCAGCCUGGAUCCCGGGCGUUCUUGCCCAAGUUGGAAAUGAUUUUUAUGAAGAUUAAAAAAAAAAAUACAGCCCUCGUACCCGGUAUGUGGAAGUGGUCUUUGUCAUUUUUCCCCACAAAGGAAAAGUGUUCAUUUGUUUCUCGGACUCAGAGGGGUGCCGUUGUAAAGCCUGGAGCGUGGACCAUGCAGGGGACUAGAAUGUCUCAUUAUUUCAGCGGUGCCAGAGAAGCUGCUUUGGUGACAGCUGGUGACAAAGGAGACGAGCCAAUGGAAUCGUUCCUAUCCAGCUCAUGAAACCUUUUCAGAUAGGGCUAAGGGGAAUGGGGAUAACUUUUCCUUGAUCAGCCUUUCUUUCAAGCCUCGGAAUGUGGAGUUUUGUCAUGAGAGCCACUGCAGGUUAAAAUUCAGUACUUGGAAAUUGGGUCUGAAAUGUAUUUGGAGUCACAAAAGUUGUGACGGGCUUGCAUUUCUGUUGGGAUUUUCAGAGGUAUAAAUCUUACUCUUAAAAAGCUCUAGAGAUAAAUA